AUGAAACAUUGGAAAGAUGCAAAGAAAGUUUUAAGAUACCUUCAAGGCACGAAGGAUCACAUCCUCAUGUACAAAAGGUCCAAGGAAUUAGAAGUAAUUGGAUAUAUUGAUUCAGAUUUUGGUGGAUGUCUUGAUAGUAGAAAGUCAACCUUUGGCUACUUGUUUAUAUUUGCGAACCCCCACGUUCUCUUCCAUUUUUGCUCAAACCUCAAUACCUCUCAAUAUUCAUUGUCAUUUCCAAGUUCCAAUUCCAAACACAGAAGACACAUCCAAUGGGCCAAAACCUCCAUUUCAUGUUCCCAAAAUGGUACACGUGGUCGCCCUCAAUACAUUCCCAACCACAUUCCUGACCCAUCCUAUGUUCGAAUCUUGGACACCACACUACGCGAUGGUGAACAAUCCCCAGGAGCUGCAAUGAUGUCCAAAGAGAAACUAGAAAUUGCACGGCAGCUUGUAAAGUUGGGUGUGGACAUCAUUGAAGCUGGGUUCCCUUCAGCAUCAAAUGAAGACUUCAUGGCUGUGAAAAUGAUAGCCGAAGAAGUUGGAAAUGGUGAUGUUGAUGGGUAUGUUCCGGUUAUAGCUGGUGUUUGUAGGUGUAAUAAAAAAGAUAUUGCUACUGCAUGGGAAGCUGUGAAGUAUGCUAAAAGGCCAAGGCUUAGUACCUUUAUAGCAACAAGUCCCAUUCACAUGGAGUACAAAUUGAAAAAGACUAAAGAUGAGGUACUUGAAACAGCUCGGGAAAUGGUCAAGUUUGCACGAAGUUUAGGUUGCAAUGAUGUUCAGUUCGUUGCUGAAGAUGCUGCCAGGUCGGACAGGGAGUUUCUUUAUCAAAUUUUUGGUGAAGUUAUUAAGGCCGGGGCAACAACUGUAGACAUAACUGACACUGUGGGAAUAACAAUGCCAUUCGAAUUUGGAAAACUGAUUGCUGAUAUAAAAGCCAAUACCCCUGGAAUUGAAAAUGUUAUUAUUGCGACCCAUUGUCAUAAUGAUCUUGGACUCGCUACUGCUAAUACCAUAGAGGGUGCACGUGCUGGUGCAAGGCAAUUAGAAGUGACAAUUAAUGGGAUUGGUGAAAGGGCUGGUAAUGCUUCAUUAGAAGAGGUUGUGAUGGCCCUGAGAUGCAGGGGAGAUCAUGUCUUAGGCGGGCUGUAUACAAGAAUUAAUACGAGGCACAUAAUAAAGACAAGCAAAAUGGUGGAAGAGUGCUCUGGUUUGCAUUUACAGCCACACAAGGCUCUUGUGGGUGCUAAUGCCUUUCUUCAUGAAAGUGGCAUUCAUCAGGAUGGAAUGUUAAAACACAGAGGUACUUACGAAAUUAUAUCUCCUGAGGACAUCGGUCUUGAAAGAUCCACUGGAGCUGGUAUUGUACUCGGGAAGCUUAGUGGACGCCAAGCUUUGAGAAAGCGACUUGAAGAGCUUGGUUAUGAACUUAAGGAUGAUGAAGUUGAGCGUGUCUUUUGGCAAUUCAAAUCAGUUGCUGAGAAAAAAAAGAGAGUUACUGAUGCUGAUCUUAAAGCAUUGGUAUCAGAUGAAGUUUUUCAUGCAGAACCCAUCUGGAAGCUUGCUGAUUUGCAGGUAACUUGUGGAACUAUGGGCCUCUCAACAGCAACUGUCAAACUUGUUUCUAUUGAUGGUAGCACGAAUGUUGCUUGUUCUGUUGGCACAGGACCAGUGGAUUCAGCUUACAAGGCUGUUAAUCUCAUUGUCAAGGAACCUGCAAAACUUCUUGAGUACUCACUGAUUCCAGUCACAGAAGGCAUUGAUGCAAUUGCCGUUACACGUGUUGUAAUUCGCAGGGAGAACAACAAUACAUCUACUCAUGCUUCUAACGGGGAAACUGUUUAUCCAACAUUUAGUGGGACCGGAGCAGAAGUGGAUGUUGUUGUUUCUAGUGUUGAGGCUUAUGUUGCUGCAAUAAACAAGAUGUUAGGUUUCAAGGAAUCGAUUAUAUCUGAAAGAAUUCCAAUUUCCGAAUGA